AUGGCUUCAAACUGGGCUAAGCUGCAACAGCAAAUCGUUUGCAACCCCAAAAAGAAACAAAAGAGUACGGGUGUGGUCCAAGGUAAAACUAUUGGGAACAUUAACAACGGAAGUAAGAAGACAGCCCCUUUCCAUAAGAAGACACAAUCUGGUAUAAUCCGAGAUACCGCGGCCAGUACUCCUGCGAUAAAUCCUGAUAUAAGUAGCGGAAAGAGAAAACUCAAAGUCGAUGGAAAUGAGUGUUCGAAAGGAAACAAGCGAAAAAAAAUACAUCAGCAAACCUCUUUUCCUACCGAUGUGCCGACUACACAAGUAAACAACCAACAAAACAAUACAAUACAAAAUGGCAGGGGGGACGCCACUCAGAUUACAAGUAGUACGCGGCAUAUAGACAAGCAAUUGGAGACGUCUCAAAAGAAAUCAAAAAAGAAGAUAAAACACAAACAGGCACAGAUACAAUCCCGAAAGAACGACAAGAGUAGGUCGGAUUGUACACACAUAGAAGUGAGUAGUAAUAGUCAGUUACCUAUCUCAGCGACCAAGGCACCCACACCAUUCACGAUACAGGCGAACACGUGUCAUGCGUGUAGGAAAUUCACCACACCCCAAGACUGUGUAUGUACUAAAGGGUCGAAGAAAGAAAGUGUGUGUGUGAACGCUUUUAAACAGUGCAUGGCACACAGUUACAGAGGAUUUUCCCGUACCUCUGCCGAGAAGAUAGAAUCAAGUUUACAUGAUAGCAUACUCGAUACUCUAGAUGAUAUGGUAAAAAAGAAUUAUUUCCACUACGACAUCGUCAGCGCAGGAAAAGCGGUAUGUCGCCAGUAUGUGUUUGAAUUCAUAUUAUACACCAAACUUCAUGUCAACGAGGGCUAA